AUGAACAUCUCUACCAUCCCUGUACCCUCUCCAUCAAGUCUCUGGACAACCAUCCGUUCGGUUGGCCCAUUCAAUGUCGCUUGUUCAUUUACUGCAUUAUGGGCUUUUGUCAAAGUCCUAAGGGCACUUCGCUGGCGAUUGAAGACGACUCAGUUGCCAGGUCCGCCUAGUACCAGCCUCAUAUACGGUGUUUCAUACGACCUCGCCUCAUCUCAUGAUAGUGCUGCAAUGUAUGAAUGUUGGGCGACAGAAUAUGGGGUGGCCUAUAUGAUUCCGAGUGUCCUCGGGCAAACUAGAGUCGUGCUGUGUGACCCAAGAGCUAUAGCACAUUUCUAUGCCCGAGAGACAUGGACAUACGUGCAGACGCCCCUUUCACUGGCGGUUCUGGAGUCAUCAGUCGGCAAAGGGCUACUAUGGUCUCAGGGCGAAACCCACAGGAGGCAGCGGAAGGCCCUCACGCCAGCAUUCAGCAAUGCAGCGAUUCGAAAGCUCACAUCGGUAUUCUAUGACUCAGCAUACAAGGCCAAAGCUGGAUGGGAUACUGCCAUAGAAUCGAGCAAAGAUGGCGACGCUAUCAUUGAGGUCCAGAACUGGAUGAAUUAUAUAUCUCUGGACACAGUUGGUAUUGCUGGGUUCUCCCACGAUUUUGGCGCGCUCGAUGGAAAGCGUGCCAGCGUAACUGAAGUGUUUGAUACUUUCGGAAGCAACCAACAGGUUUCAGCAGUGAACCGAGUUUUUAUCCUGCUCGCAUCAUCAUUUCCUAUCAUUACCAAGAUUCCCACUAAGCGGACGAAUAUGAUCAAGAAACUUAGCGUGACCAUGGAACAAAUAUCCAACGAGUUAUUGAUUCGCAGCCGCCGGGAGAAGGAUGUAAAUACGAGCGAGGGAGACCAGGGAAACUCCAUCAUCGGGUUGUUGAUCAAAUCCGAAGCUCAAGAUGCCGAGCUUCAUAUGUCGGAGGAGGAAGUAAUGGCUCAGAUGAAGGUCUUGCUUCUUGCGGGUUAUGAGACGACAUCCAUCAGUCUUACGUGGGCGCUGAUCGAGCUAUCGCGACACCCCGAUGUCCAAACCAGGCUUAGAGGGGAACUGAUUGCGUUUGGCGCUGAUCCAACAUAUGAUCAAUUAAAAGUCAACCUCCCAUAUUUGGAUGCGGUCGUUCAUGAAAUUUUACGACUCCAUCCUCCAGUGCCGGAAUUCACUCGUCUUGCAGCGGCAGAUGACGUUAUUCCUUUAAGCGAACCCGUGCGCACAGUGUCCGGGAACAUGACGGACAGUAUAUCUAUAGCGAAAGGUACAUUGAUCACAAUAUCAGUUGCGGCGAUCAAUCGCUCUUCAGCUAUCUGGGGACCUCAGGCAAAGGAAUUCAAGCCUGAACGUUGGCUGACUGAAGACGGCAUCAGUGGGAAGGCCAAGGAAGUCCAAGGCCAUAGGCAUCUGCUGACAUUCGUCGAUGGCCCGAGGACGUGUCUUGGAAAAGAUUUUGCGAUAAUGGAAUUCAAGACGGUUUUAUCGGUUCUGGUGAAGAACUUCGUGUUUGAGAUGCGGGAUGGACUGGAUACUCCAGUCGAAAUUGUGAGGGGACUUUUACCCCGUCCACGAGUUGUUGGAGAGGAUGGUACUGGAGUACCUUUGAGAGUUCGUCGGUAUGAAUGAUUGGCUGUGCUGCACCAGAUUUCCUCCAACUUAUUCGAGACUAAACCCCUUGGAUUGUAUUCAGAUCAGAAGGGGUAUCGUGAUAAUAUCGUAAUAUGGACGAUAUAUAGCUAUGUAUACGCUAUCCUUGCUAUCCUUUUUGCUGCCGAGUGGAGCGUUUCCAGAACAUUGACGCCUACGAUGUUCAAGCGAUAAACAGUGUACAAGAAAGUUGAUAAAUUUAUUAUGGCAUCAACAUUCUGGUUGAUUUGUUCGUCUGUAUGGAGCUUUGCUUCUGGC